AUGGACGACCUUCUUUUCCCGCUCGCACCGCCUCACUCUCCGCCCUCUACCCUUCUCGCACCGCCUCACUCUCCGCCCAACAGCCACGGCACUACCACCACCACCAGCAGCAGCAGCAUGGGAGGGACACCGUCAGUGUUACCACCACCGUCGGACUCUCUCGCUACCGCACUCCCCGCCAUGGACGACCUUCUUUUCCCGCUCGCACCGCCGCAUUCUCACUCUUCCCUGCCCGCACCGCCGCACUCUCCGCACUCUUCCCCCCUCGCAAGCGACGAAGUGCAAAUACAGCGCAUGCUGGCUGGGCUCUCGCAUCUCGCACGCUUCCUGCGACUGCAGGACGCACAGCAGCCUGACGUGCAGCCUCUGGAAGCACAGCAGCCUGACGCGCAGCCUCUGGAAGCACAUCAGCACGUGGGCGGUGGGAAUGCGGUGGACAGCAGCGGCAUGCAUGAUCAUGAUUUCCUCGCACGCGAGCCACUAACGGAGACUGUUAUUCCUGUCUUUAACGAGGACAGGACUGCAGAGUGCGGACCACCACUACAAGCGGCAGAAGCAGCAGUUGCAGCGGCAGCAGCAGUAGCAGAGGCAGAGGCAAAGGCAAAGGCAGGGGAGGCGGUGCUUUCAAGCCGGGUGGCGACGAGGGUGCAGAUGGAGGGGGGAAGAGAGGACGAAAGGCAGCAGCUCUUGGCUCUCCUGCGGGCGCGCAAACAGGCAGAGGACCUGCACCUGUUGAAGCAACUAAGGCGGAAGCAGCAGCAGACGCAGCAGCAGCAGCAGCAGCAGCAGCAGCAGCAGCAGCAGCAGCAGCAGCAGCAGCAGCAGCAGCAGCAGCAGCAGCAGCAGCAGCAGCAGCAGCAGCAGCAGCAGCAGAAACAGCAGCAACAGCAGCAGCAAGACCUACGGAAGCGGCAGAAGGGGCAGAGGGUGGUGAGUCAAGAGCAGGCAGGGGUUCCCCAGGCGCCACAAGUGCAACAGCAGUGGCAGCAUCGGCAGGAGCAGCAGGAGCAUCAGCAACAGGAGCAUCAGCUGAAAGGAGGGAAGGAGGAGCACUGGCUCUCAGCUUUCACGGCUCUUCCGGGCGCGGGAACAUCAGCAAAACGAGUUGAGACCGCCCUUGCUUCCACGUUUGCUCCCAGAUACCGUCCAGAUGGCGCUCUGCAAUUGGCUCGUGGUGGAGGUGGGUGGGGACGCAAGGGAGGGCGCGACGGGAAGAGGAGUGGUGGCAGCUGUGGUGACAGUGGUGGCGGAAGUGGUGGCAACAGUGGCGGCGGCAGUCCCCUCAAAUCUGCUCUGCGUGGCAGUGGCACCAACCCCAGCAGUGCCAGGAGCAAAGCUUUCCACGAUAACGACGUGACGGCAGACAGCACAGCGACUAGACGAGUGGGAGUAUCAGACAUGAGCGGUGUGAACGGCAUGGGUGGCACGGGCGGCAGGGUUUGGUGGCAUUCUGGCGACGAUUUUGGUGCGGGCGUGUGCCUUCAGCAGCCUGUGUGCGACACAGAUGGUUUGCUCCGACCUUCUUCAGACGAAAUUCAGUGCGGGAAAGCUGAAGGGUGGCAUGCACAAGAUGUGUGCGGGGUGAGAUACCAGAGCUCGACCAUUGGCUGCUGCGCAUGCGACGUGCAAGAUGAGUGUGCCACGGACAACGAGCGGUUGCCUCGGUGCCAGGCCGUCAGGACUGGUUCGGCGCCGAACCAAAGGAUUAAGAGGCGCAGCAUCGCGGAGCGGCAGAGGAGGGGGAGGAUCAGUGAGGGGCUGCGGAGGCUGCGGGUGAAGGUGAGGGGGCGAGGGGACACGUGCGCUAUGCUGGAUAGGGCAGUGGGUUAUGUUGAUGCGCUGGAGAGGCGAGUGAUGGAGCUAGAGGGGGUUGUCAUGGCGGCUGCUGGGUCUGGGAGAAACGGUUUCCCCAAGAAUGCAUUUGCUGGUGGUGUUGCUGGUUGGCCUUUUGAGUGA